AUGACUGAGCAGGCGCCGCCCGAACCGGGCGCGGCCCAUGUCGCCGGGCAGGUCACCUUCCUCGUCUGCGUUGCGGACGACGGCCACUCCGAGGUCGCGGCGCGGUUCGCUGCGCUGCGCGCGCGCAACUCCGGCGGGCAUGUCGCGCUCCUCCACGUCGUGCAGCCGCCGGAGUUCCAGCAUUGGGCAGCGGUCGGCGAGCUGAUGCGGCAGGAGACGCGGGAGGAAGCCGAGCUUCUUCUGCAGUCCAUGGCCGCAAAGGUGACGGAGGUCACGGGAGAGGCACCGAGCAUGACGGUGCGCGAGGGCCGCAUCGGCGACGAGAUCCUGGGCCAUAUCGGCGAGAACGAGGCGAUCAACCUUCUGGUCGUCGGCGCCGCCCCGCCCGAUCAGGGACACGGUCGCUGA